GCCGAGCCGCGUCGCCACCCGCCCGCCCGACGGUGCCGCGGCGACACCAUGCAGCCGCGGCUUUGGCUGUUCCUGGCCGCGCAGCUGGCGGCUCUCCACGGCGGCUCUGCCUUCCAACAGACCCCUGGGUUCACGGUGGCUCUGACCCACCAAGUGGUGACACUGUCCUGUAAGACCACAACCUCCUUGAGCCAAGUGCGUGUCUUCUGGCUGCGACAGCCCCAGCCCCCCAGCGAGCACAGUUGGUACCAGUUCCUGGCCUCCUGGCAUCCCCCAAAAGAGACGACGUAUGGAGAGGCAGUGGCCAAGGAGAAGCUGACUCCGUUCUCAAAUGCCACCGGGCACUUUCUCAACCUCACGAACGUGAGGCCUGCGGACAGUGGCGUCUACUUCUGCAUGACUGUCGGGGCCCCUGAGCUGACCUUCGGGAAGGGAACUCGGCUGAGUGUGGUCGAUGCUCUUCCCACCACUGCCCAGCCCACCAGUAAGUCCAUCCCCAAGAAAAGAACCUGCCAGCGCCCUAAGCUGACGGCCCAGAAGGGUCUGCCCUGUGGCAUUGUCACCCUCAGCCUGCUGGUGGCCGGCAUCCUGGUCCUGCUGGUGUCCCUGGGCGUGGCCGUCCACCUAUACUGUCUUCAGAGGAGAACCCGGCUUCGCUUCAUAAAACACUGCCCAGGCUGGCCUUGAACUUGUGACCCUCCUGUCUCAGCCUCCAGAGUUGCUGGGAUUACAGGUGUGUGUCCCUGCACCCAGCUCCCAUGGUGGCCUCUUAAGAAGAACGGAGCCCCGCUCUGGGCACACCCUGUGAUCUGUCCCCAGACUCUCUUGCUUUAACUUGUUCCCCAGUGACCUGAAAUCAGUUCUGGAUGAGCCAGAGGCAGGACCUCAUGCUUUGGCAAACCAGGGUUCCUAGCACCAGCGGAGGGAGGGAGGGAGUGUUGGUGGUCACAGGGCCACUGCGCCCACCUCACCCUCCUCAGUUGAAACAGCUCUGCUCUCAUCUACUGCCUGGGUUUACAUGUUCUUGUAAGAUGUCAUCUGAACAAAAAGGUUUGUGGCUAAAAAAGCUUGCAAACUGCCUCUGGUCUUGCUGUCAUGAUCCAGGUAUGGUGAGGAGUCCCUGGGCCUCACAGAGCAGGUGUUCCAACCUCCAGCUGUGGCUUAGUCGCAUGUCCUGUAGCCCCGCAGCCCCGACCUGUGGGAAGAGCCAUGGUCAGGCAGUGUGUCCAGCCCUCACUGUGCAUUUGUAGAGGCCCCGGAGGAAGUGAGACCUCGGAGCUGGGGUUCCCUGGGCCGGGUGCUCUGGGUUCUGAUCCUUGGGACUUUGAGCUUUCGAGUUUUGUUGAAUGACCCAGCAGUGCCCUAAGAACAUCCUCACACUAACCACGGCCCUGGCUACUACAUUUGGCCUGCGUCUGUCAUCUGCUGAGCGUCUCACCCCUUCCUG